GUUUUUAUAUAAAAAUGCGAGGAUUAGUUUUGUACUUUGUUUUUAGCAGUAUUCUGUUAACCACUGUUGUAGAAUGUAGUAACACCACGAUGGCCAAUACAGCUGGAACGACUACGGCCACUAUUGUGGACGUUGAAAAUGUAACAUCAACCACCAUUGUACAGCAGAGUACGAAUUACACUGAAACAACUGAGGCUGUUACGUCAACAAUUCAUGACGUCACCACACCGACUGUUGUUGCUAUACAAAUAACAACACCACGAACAAUAGCACCAACAACGCAAUCUCCUACAACGCAAGGGUUAAAUGCUACAAAUAAUGGAAGUACAACAGAAAUAGCUACAACCGGCCCAACUACAGCAAUAUCAACCACUGGUGUAACAACUGGCGGUGCAAUUACGUCAGCAGCAGGAGUAACAACUACAACCGCAACGCCAGACGAGCAUUUAUUAAUUUGGAGCGCCAGAGUCACUUUCACUUUCAUCUUCUCAACUCAGUUUUGGAGAUGCGAAAUAUACAGCGCCCACGCCGAUGCAUUGCAAGCCGUUGCAUCAGACAAAAGCGUUUCCAUUUCAAAAUUAUUGGUUGGUCAAUUAAACUCUGAGUUCUGGAGUUUAUCAGCAAACUACCAUCGUAAAUUUAUCUACUAUACGGACUACUACAGGAACUUUAUUGGAGUUUACAAUAAAAGAGAUCGAACACAUAAAAAACUGUACCAAGGGCUGGCUUAUGGUAUCGACAGUUUAUCUGUGGAUUGGGUCACAAACAAUGUGUAUUGGACAGACACUGAUACUAAAUGGAUAAUGAUGGGAAACGAGGAUUUGUCUAAAAUCAAACACGUUGUAGCAAUUGCAAGUAAUGUGCCAGCAAUAGUGGCCGUACAUCCUCUGACCAGAACCAUUUAUUGGUCCGAGGUUACUGUGGAGGAAGUUCGGUUACUUCAAAAAGGGAUGGGUGAAAACAACGUAAUUAAACUUCAUUCAUUCUACACAAUCGUUUCAAUUGAUUCACUUAUUAUUGACGUGAUUGAAAACAGAGUAUAUUGGGGUGAACGCAUAGCCACCACCACUGCUGGUCAAUACAUUGCACGUGUACGUUCCAUGUCUACAACCAACACUAGUGAUAUAAGGGUUGAACUAACAAGCAGUAAUUCCUGGUUUAUGGGAUUGUCUGUGUACAAGGAUUUUCUGUACGUAGCGAACAGCCAGCAAAUUUCUAUUAACGUAGUGAAUCGCACAAGCGGUCAAAUCCACACAAAUUACCUUCAUCAGCGUAAUGUUACUCCAAGGACUGUAGUUGUUUAUUCACCCGAUGUUCAACCACAAACUACAAAUCCUUGCUCUGCAAUGCAAUGUUCCCAUCUCUGCACACCAACAAACACAAGUGCUAAGUGCGUAUGUACCACCGGCUAUCAAUUGAUGGCUGAUGGGAAAUCAUGUUCAGUUGAAUUAAUACCUGAUAACUUCUUUCUACUGUCAGACUCAACACAUGGAAAAAUAUAUCAAGUUCAGUUUGACGUCCCAACCACUUUUGCCUCAUUGCCACUUUCAAACGUGGGGAAACCCCACUCGGUGGAUUAUGAUGAAGCCACCGAGAAGUUGUAUUGGUCCGAUUCACAAAACAAACGAAUAUCAAGAAGUGACUUGAAUGGAGAUAAUAUGGAAAUCUUUAUGGAUAAUGUUAACGCUUAUUCAAUCGCCAUCGACCCAGUAUCAAGAAAUCUUUACUUUGCCGAUGCAGUAACCGAUUCAAUAGUAGUCAUGUCACUGGAUAUAGCGAACGUAUCAAAGGUGUUGCAAGUCCAUGAUAUGAACAGAGUGUGGGAGCUGCACGUUGAUGCUAAACUUGGCAAAAUAUUCUGGUCUGACUGGGGUCAACAAUUAGCCGGAACAACCAACUACCUUGGGUUAAUUGAAUCUGUAAACCUGGAUGGUUCAGGCAGAAGUGUGUUAGUUAACCUAACAACUGAACCCCAUGGUUUAACUACUGAUACAGAGGGUCAAGUAUUAUAUUGGAGCGAGGCAAGUACAGGUAAAGUUGGAUGGUACAAUCUAAUAACGAAGAAAAGUGGUUCAGUUUCACUUGGAUUUAAAAAGCCGAAUCUAAUGCUUGGUAUUGAAUAUUAUGCUGGUUAUGUGUACGUAACCGACACCAACCAAAACUCGCUUCAUAAAAUACCAACGGUUGAUAUUAUUGCCGGGAAUGUAACUUCUACCAGCGUGAGUGUUUAUGGUCCGGCGAUAUUCUUCGAUUUGUCGGCAGUGAAAUACUUCUCUAAAUCUGAUCUUCCAACGAGUAUUACACCUUGCAGCACUAACCGAGGAGGUUGCCCACAAAUAUGUCUUCCAACACCAACAGGCCACCAGUGUGAAUGCGCUGAUCAUCAUACUUAUAUAGCUGGUAACAAUACGUGUGUGCCACACCAUACUAAAGAUGAAAUCCGCCCAACAUUCGGCUCAACUUGUCCUUCUGAACUUCAAGUUUACUCCUUGGACAAAUGCUCCACCACAGCUUUUGUAAACUACACUGUCCCUACUGCUACCGAUAACUCAGGAACAGUUGUGAUAAAGGCAAAUGUAAAAGGUACACCCCCUUACUUGCUACCAGAAGGAACUCAUUUCUUUCAAUACAAAGCUCAAGAUCUCAGUGGAAACCUUGCUAUCUGUUCGUUUAUUGUCAGGAUAAACAGCAUCACUUGCAUCAGUCCUGCAUCCAACAUAAUACCAGAAGGAGCCACACAAAGUUUGCCGUCAUGUGGUUUAAACUAUGGGUCUACCAUCAAUGUAACUUGUGCUGGGGAAGCAAACCCAAGGUUCCAGUAUGAGUGUACAAGUGGUAGAAUGUGGGAAGCUAAUGGUAUUGUGUCGUGCGAUAAACUACUAAGUACGACUACAACUGUAUCAGGUGUGACAAAAGUAACUGUUUCCGAACCAAUUACGAAAUUAGUUCCUUUGUCAAGAAAACCUUCAUCAACAUCGGGUGGAAUUAUCGCGUUAAUUGUUAUAAUGGUUAUUCUGGCUCUGGCUGCCGUUGGUAUUUUCUUGGCUUACAGGUACAAGCGCACGUUUAGAGGUGUUAUAUUUUGGAAGCGUGGUGAAGACGCAGUUCAAUUAACGGAAACCAAUUAUUGUUCACCCGAACAUGACACUUAUUCAACCAGCAAUAUUUACGUCACGUACUAAUGUGUUGCGUCAUAAUGCGUAAUAAAACAUUGCGGAGUAAUAGAAUCACAGUACCCCCAAUUUACCGAAAUACAUGCAUUUUUCCUGCAUUAUUUAGGCACAGUUUGCCGUUCGAUUUACCUUUUCGUAAAUAUGGGUUGUUCUCCUGGGUUUCUAUGACUUUGCAUCGUAUUUUUUAAGCUCGUACUAACAUACGUCAUUUAAUGACGUUGCACUUCGAUUUUCCCGAGUUAAUCACGCCUUUAUAUUCUUUGUUGUUCCCGAAGCGUCUUUAUUUACUUUUAUAUGCAAUAACCUCGGAAUCUGUAACAUUUUAACUCUAGGGUUAAAUAGUACUGUGGGGUAAGAUGGUUCAUGUUGGCACAUAAUAUCCCAUGUUCACUAAAUCCAGUCUCAAUAAUUAACAACUCUCUUUUAGUGUUGUCAGCAUAAGGAUAUAACUCUGUAAAAAAACUACCAAAUGGGACGAUAAAAGGGAAAACAUAACCCAUACCCCAAUACACUUCAUGGUUUCCAUUUCUUCAAACCUUUGCAGUUUUAUUCUUCACGCAGUAAGUUACCACAACAUUUUGUCGUAUUUUAACCUUUUUUAAUGGAAUGGUGGUCACUAAUAAGUUUCCCAUAUUAUCAGCCAUAUACAGAAAACCAAUCACCCACAAAGUUACAUACGUGGUAACUUUUAAGCAGGCACGAGGUGUAUGAAACAAAACACCCGUGUUAUAACUACAGCACUUUUAUAAUUAAUACCAAACUAGUUUUAUUUAUAUGCAGAAAGUAUUCUAUAGUUUGUAUACAGUCUUGGUACUUAAUUGUAAUUGGUGAUACUUGUGUUUUAUAUGCACUGUUUUUUUAAGUGUUGUUACCAUGCAUGUUAUAAUUCUUGUAUUUGCUCUGCUGAUAAAAAUGGUAGACCUAUAGUAGGGUGGGGAAGAUGGGACACUUUUUUGUUCUAUUCCCCCCCCCCAUUUGGUUGUAAACAAGGAACAUUCAAAGAAUUAUAAAAUCAUAUCUUCACGACUUCCAUAGACCGUUGUUAAUUGUUUAAAACAUGAUCAGGAUAUUUAGAUAUUAUGUCUUAAAGGUGCCCAUCUCACUCUAAGUUGGUUUACUAUUUUACCAAAAACUUUUAUCACCAGAAGAGCAAUUUUAGAGUUUAGUAACUUGGGGCAAGAUGGUUGAAGUUUUGUUCUCUUGUAUCUUCCCAUGUUCCCCCUUACCAGUUGGUAUUAGAAAACAUUAUUUACAGAAUUGUGUAACGGUAUCCAUCUUGUCCUAACCUACUAUAUUGUAGGGUGGGGGAAGAUGGGACACCUUUAGCACAUAAUAUCCUGAUCGUGUUUCAAUGAAUUAACAACGGUCCAUGGGAGACGUGAGGCUACGGUUUUAUAACUAUUUAAAUGUUGUUUGUUUACUACUGAAUGGGACGAGAAAAUAGAAUAUAAAGCUGUACCAUCUUGCUCCACCCUACUGUAUGUUUUUAUUGUUACAGAAUUUAUUUUUCCGCUGUGGAGUUGAAUGUGUUUGUAUUUUUUGUGUUUUAUGAGCUGUAUUAUCCUCUUGUACUCGACUUCUGCCUUGCUAUUCUACGUGGGUGAGGCCAUACGACCUACAGCAUUUAGGACCUGUUAUUUGUGCCAGGGUUGGCCUACAAACCCAAUUAGUCUGCCUUGAAACCUAUUCAAAUUACACAAAUCCGAUUUUCCA